CUAACGACUAUUGAAACAUUUCCUAACAAAAAUUGAUAUUUUAUGUUUCUCCUCCCCUAGUUACUUGUUUGUGGCUGCUCCAUUUUGUUUCCAGCUAUUGUUGCUUUGGAGUGUUGCUGCAUUUUUGCUCCUCUCCAUCUGUACGUUGAUGCAAAUCCAACAUUUUUGUUUACUGUUUUUCAAAGUGAACACAAGGAAACAUUGUUAGUUCGAAGGCAAAAGAAGACUCCAAAUAAGAACCAAUUGCAAGUGAAUCUUUCUACCGCAAAGUAAAAGGGCAACCAGAAUGUGCCACAUACUUCUCAUGCUUCGCAGACGGGAGGAAUGAUGUUUGGAUCUCCAUCCACUUCCACUUCUACUGCUGCCAGGGCUGGGAAACGUAGGUUGCAGACACCACAGAGCAACCCCAUUGCUGAUAUGUUUAAUGUGCAGCUAAGAGAUGAGAUAGAUGAAUCCAUUGGCAAGUUCUUCUUUGCCAAUGGCAUUCCAUUUCAUGUUACACGGUCUCCUUAUUAUAGGGAGAUGAUGGCUAUGGUGGCCAAGGGAGGACCAUCUUAUGUGCCACCAGGGGAGACGAAAAUGAGCACCGCGAUCUUGGAUAAAUGCUAUUCCAAGAUCAAUAUUUUGUUGGAGAAGAUGAAGGCAUGUUGGGUGGCAUCGGGGUGCAGCAUAAUUAUGGAUGGGUGGACGGACAUUAGCCAUCGUCCAUUCAUCAACGUCAUGGUCACAUGUGCAAAGGGCCCAUACUUCCUUAGAGCAGUUGAUUGUACAGGGCAUCGUAAAGAUGUUGAUUUCCAGUUUCAGGUCCUCAGGGAGGCUAUUGAGGAGGUUGGGCCACAAAAUGUGGUCCAAGUAGUGACAGAUGCAGCCCAUGUGUGUAGAGCAGCAGGGAGACUCAUUGAGGCAGCCUAUAGACACAUUUGGUGGACCCCAUGUUGUGUGCAUGCCAUGAACAAUGCACUCAAGGACAUGGGGAAGAUAGACUGGAUUAGAGGAGUGGUCACUGAUGCGAGAGAUGUGCAGAUGUUUAUCUGCAACAACCACACUUUACAUGCACUCUUUAGGAUCUCCGCGAAGGAGUUCUUGAAACCAGUUGAGACUAGAUAUGCAUCCUAUUUCAUUCUCUUGGAGAGAAUGAUUGAGUUGCAAGAGGCAUUGCAACUCAUGGUUAUGACUAAUGAAUGGAAUAGGUGGGCUGAGGCCAAGACAGAGCAGGGGAGAAGGGUGAAGGAGAUAGUGAAGAGUGAUGUGUUUUGGAUUGAUGCGAAAUACAUUGUCUCCAUCAUUUCUCCAGUAUUCCAGGUGAUCAGAUAUGGGGAUGGGGAUGCACUUAACCUUGGAGAGCUGUAUGAGUGCAUUGACUCUAUGCUUGACCAGAUGAGGGCUGCUGUGCGAGUGAAGGACCCCUCUUUAGCAUUCUACAAUGAGCAAAUCCGGCCUAUCAUUCAGCGUAGAUGGGACAAGUUGAACACUCCUUUACAUAUGGCUGCCUUUGCCUUGAAUCCUAAGUGGUACAAGGCUAGACCGGGUAGACUGACACCGAUUCAGGAUGAUGAGGUGAAGGCGGGUUUCUUUAGGUGCAUAGAGAAGAUGUUUGAUUCUAGAGAUGCCGGCACAAUGCGCAUUGAGUGGGGAAGAUUUGCCACUCUUAGAGGUUAUUCAGAUGCGGCAAAGAUGGAUAUAGACACUAUGGCACAGGAGGACCCACUUUUGUGGUGGAAUUGUCACGGCCCAAAAUCUUUGACCACCACUCUAGCCAUCCGUCUACUAUCCCAGGUUUCCAGUUCUACAGCUGUUGAGAGGAACUUGUCUACAUAUAGCUUCAUCCACUCUCUUAAGAGGAACAUACUUACCUCUAAGAGAGCAGAGAAGCUUGUGGGUGUACACAGUGCUUUGCGUCUCAUGGACCGCAAGACACUUGUGUACAAGGAGAGUCCAGCGGCACGAUGGGAUGUAGAGCCAGAGGAGCCUUCACAGAUUGAUGAGGAUGAUCCUACCACAUCAGAUGCAGGGCUAGUUGGUGUGAGCUUGAGGGACCUUGAUCUUCAGGAGUCCAACAGUUCCAGUGAGGAGGAGUUCGCAGAUGAUUAGAGGCCUCCAUUAGCUACAUUUUGAGUUUUGUCAUUUUGUCUUUGACUCUAGUCUCUUUUGUAAUGCUAUUGCUACAUGUAUUUGUAUUUGGCUACUCAUUGUAAUGAUGCAUCAUGUAAUCAUCUUUAUUAUUAUAGACUUUGCAAUGGCAU